AUGGCACCGCCCAAGAACCGAAUACGCAAAUUUCACCGUCGCAGCAAGAACGGUUGUUCGACGUGUAAGCAGCGUCAUGUACGAUGCGAUGAGCGGAAGCCUUUGUGCACAAACUGUCUGCAGACUGGCAAGGACUGUGUAUACCCUGAAGUAGACCCUGACGAAGAGUCUCGAUCAGAAUCCCUUUCCGAGUCCCGAUCUGGGUCCGAGCCCACCGUCGUCCCGGCCGAGGAAGCCUCCAUCAUUACCAAUGUCGUUUCAAACCAGCCAUUUGUCGGCUUCUCAUGCGACUACCAGAUGUCGGCAAUGUCACAAUGGCUCUGGCACCAGUCUUGCCAGUGGGCCUGGGUCACUGGAUCCCUUGAACACGUCAAGAUUCCAUUUCUCUAUCACAAGGCAGCCGCUUAUGAGUUUGCAAAGCAUCAACUCUCAGAGUCUGAGGAUAAUGUCAGCGACACAGCCAUCUUUGCUAUAGCCAGCCUGGCACUCACUGAGGGAGCGGUCGGGGACUUGGAUGCUUCCUCGAAGCAUCUCCGCGGUCUUCACAGAUUGACUCUGAGGAAGAACGGCUACAACUUGAUGAGAUCAAAUCUGGCACAACAGAUGCUACAGAUGGCUGGCGAUCGCCUACGUCUAGGCGAAGUGAACGUGAUUCACGACGCCAUCAGUGCUGACUUCCAGCCCAGCAUCAUCGCCUUGCUGUUCACGUCACUGUGGGAUAUGGAAAGUCUCCCGCCGCGGCAAGCACCGAGAUACGGUUGGUGGGAAGGCAACGAGACGCCUACAGACAGGCUCUGGCAGGACUACACCAAAAACCUAAACUGGGAGCUUUCUCGUGGAUUCGACCCAGAGCGCAAUAUAGCGACGAUGCUGAACGGCGACGCAAAGAGCAGCAGGGCGAGCUACAUUGCCACCUUUUUCUACCUCGUCAUGGCGGUCAACGACAGCGAAAUGGAUUGCGUUCUCACUGUGUGGCUGCUGGAACAACUCAUUGACGAUGUCUGCGACAAAGAGGAGGAAAUGAUUGCCGGCAGUUUCAGUCGCAGCCUUUGGUUAUGGAGUGUCCUGUUCGGAGCAGCUGUGGCUUACACGGGUAGACCAAUUACCGCAACAGGCAGAGAACAGCUUGCGAGGUGGAGGGAGAUGUAUGCUGCGAAACUGGGCUUGGCUAGCGACGUGUUGCAGCUCAAGAGCUGGCACGACGCGAAGACAGUACUGGCGGAAGUCGCCUGGACCGAUGGCUCAGAUGCUGAGGGCAGACUACAAGGCAUUUGGGAAGCAGCUUAUUUACCGGAGCAACUGGAUACUGGAUAUGUAUUGAUCGUCAUGCUUGAAUGUCGAAGGAUAAUCACGUGCAAGAGUCGGGAUGUCUGUGAUGCACAAUGA